UCUCUAUCUUUAUCUUUUUUCACUUAUUAUUUUUACCCAAAAAACCUUAUUUCUCCUCCUUAAAAAAAAAAUUAAAAAAAAAAUUCCUCCUCCCCCCUCGACUUUGGCUCCAAUAAUGGAGGUCAAUCGAGGAAUCUCAGUAGACUAUGUUUCGUCGCACUUCAAGAGGAAAAACCCUACUUUAAUACCUUCUUCCUUGGUGAAUACGAGUGGUGACGAAAACGAUUCCGUUUCCGGCGCUUUUAACGAUAAUAAUAACAAUAAAAACGUCGGGAAUGGCUUAAAGAAGCCAAAGAUGGCGAGUGUUUGUGAUAAUAAUAAUGGUGAUCGUGAUGAUCAUGAAGAAGUUAACGUGGCUUUGCCAGUAGGGUUUCUUGAUCCUCUUCUUCCGUUUGAAAGGGAACUAGUUAAUGCUAAUUUUAACAAUGCUGGUGUUAACACCGUUCAAAAGGCGGCGGUAAGGGUGGCGCAUGUGGCGGUAGGGCCGUCGUUGAGGAGUGGUGCUCGUAAGCAGUUCUGGAAGGCGGGGGAUUACGAGGCGUCUAGUGGUCUCGGGACUCAUGCAUCCACCUCUUCUUAUUCUGCCGGUAUGGAUCAUGUCAGGGUUCAUCCAAGGUUUUUACAUUCUAAUGCAACAAGUCAUAAAUGGGCAUUGGGAGCUUUUGCUGAGCUUCUAGACAAUGCUUUGGAUGAGGUCUGUAAUGGCGCUACUUAUGUUAAAGUUGACAUGAUUUUUAACCAGAAAGACCUCAGUACCAUGAACCUAGCUGACAAAGAUCGCAACAGAAUGUUGUUAGUUCAAGAUAAUGGUGGUGGAAUGACCCCUGAUAAAAUGAGGCAAUGUAUGUCUCUUGGUUAUUCAGCAAAGAGCAAAAUGGCAAACACUAUAGGCCAAUAUGGAAAUGGAUUUAAGACUAGUACCAUGAGGCUAGGGGCAGAUGUUAUUGUCUUUUCAACUUGUCAAGGGAAGAACGGCUCAUGUCCUACGAGAAGUAUAGGGAUGUUGUCUUACACAUUUUUGACCAGCACUGGAAAGGAGGAUAUAGUUGUUCCCAUGAUUGACUAUGAGAAGAAAGGGCAAGUUUGGACAAAGAUGUUGCGCAGUUCCAAUGAUGAUUGGCAUAUCAAUUUAGAUACUAUUAUCCAGUGGUCUCCGUUCUCUAAUGAACUGGAGCUUCUUCAGCAGUUCAAUUCCAUAGGUUAUCAAGGUACAAUUAUUGUUAUAUACAAUCUCUGGGAGGAUGACGAAGGACAGUUGGAGCUGGAUUUUGGCACCGAUUCUGAUGAUAUCCAAAUCCGAGGAGUCAAUAGAGAUGAGAAGAAGAUAGCUAUGGCAAAAAAGUAUCCCAAUUCUAAGCAUUUCUUAACAUAUCAGCAUUCACUAAGGAGCUAUGCGUCUGUUCUUUAUCUGAAACUGCCACCUGGAUUCCGGAUGAUUCUGCGUGGGAAAGAUGUUGAGCACCAUAACCUGGUGAAUGAUAUGAUGCACAGGAAACAAGUUUCAUACAGACCAAUUCCAAUAACUGAUGGGACUGUAAAGGAUUCAACUGCCUUGUCAGAAAACUUGCAAGCCUCGGUGACAUUGGGGUUUGUCAAAGAUGCACAAGAUCAUAUUGACAUACAAGGCUUCAAUGUUUACCACAAGAAUCGCCUUAUUAAGCCGUUCUGGAGAGUUUGGAAUGCUGCAGGAAGUGAUGGCCGUGGUGUCAUUGGUGUUUUGGAGGCCAAUUUUGUGGAGCCAGCUCAUGAUAAGCAGGGUUUUGAGAGAACAACAGCACUUGCAAGACUUGAAGCACGGCUAAUUCAUCUGCAAAAGAAUUAUUGGCGUGAUAACUGCCAUGAAAUUGGUUAUUCAAGACGAAGACCAAUUGUUUCAACAUCGGUGUCUCCUCUCCCAAAUACAAGAAAUGGCAAUACUACUAUUAAGGGAAUGAUUUCCUACCCAGGCGCUGACAGUACUUGGCCGACAACCAAAAACACUAGGAAGAAUCCUGUAAACAAAUCUGACCAGGGUUUACCAUUUGUCUCAUCUUCAAGUGAAGAAGAUGAGAUGACAUGCAACGAUUUUGAGUCACCAACGCCAGGAAACCAGACUCACAGCUCUCCCAGUAACAAGGUUGAACAGAUUAAUGGAGAAGUUGCUAAGUUAAGAAAAGAGAACCUUGAGUUGAAGAAGAGACUAGAACAUGCUAAUGAAUCCAGGGAUAAUUCAUUGAGAGAGCUACAAUUUGAAAGAGAUAGGUCCAAAUCCCUUGAAGCUAAAAUUGAAGAGGCCAACAAGAAAAUCGCGGAGUUGGACAAAGAGCAGGAAGCUAUAAUCAAUAUAUUUGGAGAUGAAAGAGAACGAAGAGAUGUUGAAGAAGAAAAACUGAGGAAGCGUUUACAGGAAGCUUCAACAACAAUUGAACAGUUGCUUGAUACAGUGAGGUCAUUGGAGAGAAUCAACCUUGCAACAGCUCCUCCAGGAUUUAAGAGUGAACCAUUUUAGAUUGCAUGUAGUAUUUUUCAUUAAACAAUGUCAGAUGUAUAGGAAUCAGAGUAAUUAAGUGGGAGGGAGGCUUAUUUUCGUGCCAACAGAAGUUACAAGAAUCAGCAGGAGCAGAAGACAUAGAGAAAGCAUAGGAAUACCAUAGUUUUCUUUCUUUUCCAGUAACUUUUUUUUUUCCUUUGAAAUGUAUAGAAUUAAUUAAAACUAAUUUAAUUUGAAUCAGACCUACUACACA